CACAUAAAAACAAGAGUUUGAGCGAAUAGCUGACACCUCUCUAUUCUUUCACGUACCUUUUUGCUGUUCUUCUUCUUUGGAUUUCUCAGAUUUCAGAUCCAGAAUGUCUAAGUAAACGCACUGAGAAAAUAAAAAAACCCACAAAUCCACUUCUCAGAUCAGCCAUUUUAUUCAUUCAAAGAAACCGUUUUGUAUUUGGGCUGGCUAUUUUGCAGCCAUUCUGUUUCUUGCAUUUGGUAGUUUCAACCACCGACACCCGAAAAGAAGUAAACUUUUUUUAUCAUUGCGGAAACUAAAACGCUCAUUAAAACUUAAGAACAGGUUUUUGUGAAACACAUAUAGGUAGAGCCUGAAAGAAAUUCAUCAUGUUCAGGCUAUCUCCUCGACGAAACCAGAGAUCGAAAGGCUUAAAGGUGAAGCAUGCUUUACAGCUAUUUAUUUUGCUGGGUGUGUGCGUCUGGCUGGUUUACCAGAUCAAGCAGUCUCAAGGUAAGAACACACAAUUUGGUGAAACCGCAAAGGUUGGAAAUGAAGUUGUUAAGUUGGGAAGAAAGGACCUUAAUACUCCAGUGGAUGAAACUUCUGUAAGAGAUGUAAGGCACAAGGAAGAUGAGGAAGAAGAAGAAAACAAGCCUGAAGAGAUUGAAAAUGUAAACAGGAAUGAAGAAGAAGAAAACAAGCCUGAAGAGAUUGAAAAUAUGGGUAAAAAUGGUGGAGAAGAUGAGGUGCAUGAAAAUAUUCUGGAGAGAACUGAAGAGGGUACUGAGCAUCAGGGUGAUUCAGUAGAUGUUGAGAAUGUGAGACCAGAGAUUAAGGAGACAGCUAAUGAAGAGAAUGAGAAUGGAGAGAGCAAACAGAAGGAUAAUGAAGGUAAGGAUCAUGAAGAGAGCAAACAGAGCGCAAAUGAACAAAAAGAGGGUGAAGACAACAAUGAGAAGCAGAGUGAAGGCAGCGAGGAUGGGGAAAGCAAAGAGAAGGAGGUUGAUGGAAACAGAGGAGAGAGUCAAGAAAAGGAGAAUGAAGAGAGAAAAGAUGACAGAAUUGAAGAGAAGGAAAAUGUAGAGGGUCAAGGAGAGGCUGAAGAGAAGGAAGCUAAAAUUGAAGAGAAGGUUUUGUCUGAUGAUCAGGUUCAAGAUGGAGGUGACAGAAAUAGUGAGGAGGCUAGAGAAGAACAUUACAAGGGGGAUGAUGCCUCCAGUGCUGUAGUUCAUGAAAUUCAAAAUACAAGAGGUGAAAAUGAGCAAGGUGGCUCGGAAAAUUCCAAUGAGGAGAAGCAGAUUGAAAACAAAGAAAAUCUUGAGUUUGAGCAGCAGAGUAAUACAAAUAGCUCUGAAGCAGUUGAUGUCAACCAAAAUGAGUCAGUUUCAAAUGAAGGAGAAACUGGAACCAUUGAAAGCAAUAAUUCUAAUAAUGCAACAGCCACUAGGAAGGAUGGUAAUGAGAGUAAUCACCCUGAUCAGGACAGUGGUUCCCAUCCUGGUUCAACAGUAGCUACAGAUUCAAAUGAGCAGAAGCAAGUGGACACAAAUUCUGAGAAUAUCAGAGAAGAAACUCUUGGAAACUCUCACCAGAAGGAGAUGGAUACAACACAGAAUCAAAGUGAGAGAGCUGAUGACACAUCUUCUAAGGGAGAUGACUCCACCCCGGAAAAUGUUACACUGCAGCAAACCGAAAAUUCUGAAUCAUCUUCUAACAGCGAGAAACAAGAGUUUGAGAGAACAGCAACCCCUGCUACAGAGAAUGGAGGUCAGUCUAAUGGAGCAUACACAGAUACUUCUGGUACCACGAGUGAAAAUAAUGGUGCUGCCCAGGAGCAACAUUCAAGCAACAACUCUGGAGAUGGAGGAACACAAGAAAGAGUACUAUCAGUAAACACUGAUGAGAAUAAUGCUGACCAAAAGGAACAAGUUGAUUCUUCUGAUUCUUCAUCCCAGCAAGGUAAUGAUGGAUCCUCAAACCAAGAUAACAAUGCUGAUGCACACCAGAACGAGAACCAAAAUACCAUCCAGAGUAACGUGAAUGAGCAUGCAGAUUCAGGUCAAAAAGAAGCAGUUGGUACAUCUGAUGCUACAGUCUUCCAAAAUAAAGAGGAAUCAAACACGAACACUAACACUGAUGCUGGCCAGAAUGUGAAUGAAAGUGUUCAGCAGAAUAAUGCAAAUGACGAAAAAGGUUCAAGUGAAGCCGUUAUCACAUCUGAUUCUGCAGUCUCCCAAGAUAAGGGGGAUUCCUCAAACACGAAUACUAACACUGAUGCUGGCCAAAAUGUGAAUGGGAGUGAACAGAAUAAUGCCAAUGACAACAAAGGUACAAGUGUUACAUCUGAUUCUACAGUCUCCCAAGACAAAGAGGAAUCCUCAAACAAAAACACUAACACCGAUGCUGGCCAGAGUGACAAUGAAAAGGUUGAACAGAACAACACAAAUGACAACAAAGGUGCUAGUGAAACAGCUGUUACGUUGGAUUCUACAGUCUCCCAAGAUAAAGAGGAUUCCUCAAACGCAAAUACCAACACUGAUGCUGGCCAGAAUGAGAAUAAAAAUGUUGAUCAAAGCAACACAAAUGACAACAAAGUUGUAAACCAAGAAGAAAAGGUUGGUGCCCAGAAAGACAACGAAGCAUCCUCAAAUGAAAAUGGCAACGGCAACACUGCCCGAAAUGAUCCAAUCGAUUCUUCGGAAUCUUCAACCCCUCAAGAAGAGCAACAGGCUAGUAACAACUUGGGAACCUUGCCAGAAAGCAAAACUGAAGGCAACAAUAACGAAGCUACAGCGUAGAGACUAUUGCCAAUAAGUUCGAUGUAGCAUUCCUUAUACGACCAUGUCAUUUUGCUUUUUUUUCUUUUUACCCAGAGUGAUCAUUCAAAUCAGUCACGUUCCAUUGUUAUGUGUUUUGAGUGGAUGAUGAUGUCAAAAACCCAAAAAAAAAAAAAAAAAAAAAGUAUCAAGCUGUAAGGUUUAAGUUUUAUAAUAUGUAGACUUCUUUUGAGAUACCAACUUUUCAUGUAGUUUUGAUUGUUUACCACAGUAGACUAUAGUAGAUUAUUAAUAUUAAAUUUUUUACCCUA